GAAGAGGCUCGCUCGCCUCGCAUCAGCAGCGCCGCCUCUCUCCCUGCCGGCCACCACCACCACCACCGCAGCCAGUUCUGACUCUGAGACGGGAAGACGACGAAGAUGAAGCUGCUGCUCGUCGCUUUGCUGGGGCUCGUGGCGGUGGUCUCUGCGGCCGUGGCCUCUUCUUUCCUCGACCCGGAGCUGUCGCCCGAGUGGGAGUCCUGGAAGGAGUUCCACGGCAAGACCUACGGCGAGAAUGAGGAGGGCUGGAGGAGGAUGGUGUGGGAGCAGAACCUCAAGAAGAUAUCCAUGCACAACCUGGAGCACUCCAUGGGCAAGCACACCUGGCGCAUGGGCAUGAACCGUUUCGGGGACAUGACCGGGGAGGAGUUCCAGCAGGUGAUGCUGGGCUUCAGGGGCUGGAACGGCACCAGCAAGGCCUCCAGCGGCGCCACGUUCUUGGCGCCCGCCUUCUUUGAGGCCCCCGAGUCCGUCGACUGGAGGAAGCAGGGCUACGUCACCGACAUCAAGAACCAGGGCGACUGCGGCUCUUGCUAUUCGUUCAGCACCACGGGCUCCCUCGAGGGGCAGCACAAGCGCAAGACUGGAGUGCUCGUGUCGCUGAGCGAGCAGAACGUGGUGGACUGCUCCUUGGCCGAGGGCAAUCAGGGCUGCAAUGGAGGACUCAUGAUCAGCUCGUUCAACUACAUCAAGAAGAACGGGGGCAUCGACUCGGAGGAGUCGUACCCGUACAAGGGACAGGUCGAAACGUGCAAGUACGACCCCAAGAACAAGGCCGCGGAGGUCACCGGCUACGUGGAAAUUCCCGAAGGGGACGAGGAGGCCCUCAAGAACGCCGUGGCCUCCGUGGGCCCGGUGUCGGUCGCCAUCGACGCCAGCCUCAACUCCUUCACGUACUACAUCUCCGGCAUCUACAAGGACAAAUUGUGCAGCCACAGCACUAACCACGCCGUGUUGGUUGUGGGCUACGGUGUGGAUGAGAAGGGACAGAAAUUCUGGCUCGUCAAGAACAGCUGGGGAGUCCAAUGGGGAGAGAAGGGAUACGUGCGCAUGGCUCGUGAUGACAACAACCUGUGCGGCAUCGCUAUUGCUGGUAGCUACCCACUGGUGUAAUAAUCAGCUGGUCUGCCUACCUCCUAAUAAUAGAGAGAGAGAUUUAGCACAACUCAAUGUCCCAUUGAUAAUUCAAGUGAAAGCCUUGCUCAAGCGUUUAGCUCCCCAAACGAGCAAUUGCUCGUGUUCAGUUCUAUUCGAGACCCUAACCCAGAGGUUGAAAGUUCAUCAUGAUGGGGCAGCGGGGGGGGGGGGGGGGGUAAGUUCUCUGUAGAUUGACAGCUGUUGACUACCCACAAUUUGGUCCUCAUUUUAUCAACCUGCAGUUAUUAACCGGCUGAGUUGGCCCCCAGUAAGGAUUUGAACUGCGUACUCGCUAACAGAGGAACCAGACCGCAUAUUGUUUUAAAUCUUGUCAUUCUUUAGCGAUGAUAACGAACGCUGGUUUACAUAAGUAGAGGUUUUACCCUUUUUGACAAUACAACAGGUGUUAAGAUGUUCGAACACCAAAUAGAAACCUUUUGCAAGUCAUCAAGUCUGCAUUAACCACACAUAAGAAAAAUAAGAAAUGGUAAAAUCCCUUGUAAAGUAACAAAGGUGAAACCUUUUUCUUAUUUUGCAUAAUUUUGAUACUGCAAAAAUGUCCCAUAGAUAACGCUGACUCCAUUCGAAGAAACUUUUUCGGGCUGGCUUUGAAAUUUCUGUGAAUGAAGGUGUAAGCCAAAGCGACAUUACUCCGUGGCAAUGCAGCGGUGGCAUUGCCAAGUAGUGGCACAUUCGCCACUUGCUGCAGAAUGUUUUGCGGUUUGAUCCUUGGCGGCCACCCUGGUUAAUACUGCGGGUGUAUUAACCGAAGGCAUACAGGGAUUCCUCUACUUACGAACAUUCGACUUACGAACUUUCAGAGAUACGAACAAACCUGGUCCGUAUGUCCAAUUGCCCGUUCGGACCGAGAGUCGUAAUUUCAACCACUGCCCAAUAGAUGGCGGUGGCACCUACAUCUGCAGAACGUUUAAAGUCAUUCCCCGUGUUUAGUGUACAUUCCCUACAACGUGUUUAGAAUCGACAGGAGUAAAGUUGGACUUACGAACAAAUCGACUUACGGACAGACCUUUGGGAACCUAACUUGUUCGUAAGUAGAGGAGUCCCUGUACACUGUGCUUCACAGAGGAGGCAUUGAAGAUCCCGUGACCUUACGACAAAAAAACCGCGUAGGUCAUGCGUGCUGGCGUAGAUUUUUCCAAAUUUGGAAAAUGUGCACACACAGCAACAUCGCGCCCCCUGUACUGGCAGAUUACAACCCAGCUGUUAAACGGCACUUUCAAGAGAUAUGCCUUGAACUAUGACAAUGACAUGACUACCAAAUAUACUCAUGAUUAUUAUUGUUAUGAUGAUGAUUAUUAUAAUAGCUGUUUAUUUUUGGGUCGCAUUUUCCUUAAAUCACCGUGCUACCGUAUUCCCCAGAUUAAAAGAGGCACAGGAAGAUACCCAAAACUGUUGGGUCGUUUUAAGUAAAACAACAUGUAUAUGUGGGUGAUUACUACGGCAGUGACAUCAUACAGCUUGCGAGGGCUGUAGUACCUGAUAUGAAACUCGGCACAACCAUUGUAUAACAUUACAAGUGGGGCAUAAUGGUGCCAGUCUCAACACUGUGAUUGUCAGUUUAACACGUAGGCUUUCGCGACCAAUAUCCAUGAAAGGUUUUUGGGUUAGAUCGCGUAAAUACAAAUGUGUCGUUAAACCUGCCACCACCUGGCAGCCACUGAAAAAGGUUUGGGACGUAAAAAAAACAUGCCAAUUCGUUACGGGUACAGCACACCGGUGUGUUGGAGAGUAAACCGUGACGAACCUUACUUGUGUCGGGUGGUGGCGGAUUUAACGGCACAUUUAUACUUCUUGGUUUAUUAGGUAAAGUCACGUGAAGGACGGCUGCUUGCGUUUGUGGCCGAAACGUCGUGAGAAUUAUUUUAUUAUGUUUUAUUAUUAUUAUUUUAUUAUUUCCAUUCUACGUUACUUUACCGAAAGAACCAAGAAGAUGAAUCCCUGCAGUCACGAAAGCUUUAAAUCGAAAUUUAGGCACAUUUAUAUUUACGCGAUCUAACCUAAAAACCUCUGGACUGUGAUAGUAAGAAUAUCAGCUGAACUCAGUCCCGUGCCUUCACAUGUAAAUAAUAUAUUUUUAAAAUAUAUUGUUUAUAGUAAAAAAUAUAUAUUUUUAAUAUAUAUUAUUUAUGAAUGUAUACAGUACCAGUAAAAUGUUUUCUCUCCAGGCACUUUCUAAAAUCCGUUUGCAGCACUGGGUGGGUGGCACGUAGACGGAGUGGCACUUUGACUGACGGGUAGACAGAAUGGCACACAGAUUUAGUGGCACAUAGGCCGACUGGCACAUAGACAGAGUGGCGCGUAGACUUGAAGCUGGGUGCAAUUGUGACUCUGCAUGUCCAGGUGGCAGGUUUCAGUCCACAUGCUGGAUUAUGAUGCACUCACCAACCUGUAAAAUUAUUGAAACGAAGUGCGUCUUAUCAUGUGGAGAGUACGGUAGCGCGGUGUUGGAUUCACGAUUUGCAUUGCAAAGCGAGACUACUGCUCCAAUCUCGUUUUCAUUCAUCUCAAACUUUCUGCUUUUGUUAAAACUGAAAUAGAUACUACCGUGAAAAAUGCUUGAAAUUUGGGUGCACUAAAAAAAUAUUUUACACUGACUUCUAUGCUUUUAAAAGUGCAAAUGUUGAUUUUAGUGAAGGGAUAACUGUAAACUUUACAAUAUAUUUUUUACUCGAAUAAA